AGCACACCGCCUUCUGCGAGGGAGCAAAAUAUAUAUUUUCUGUGCAUAAACGGGCAUAACAUCCUUGAAAGCAAAACUUUAAAAACGUUUUUAUUAUUUGUAUAUAGAAAGUGUUAAUUUGGUAAAAAGCGAAGCAGCUUAAGAACAAAUCUCUCAAAAUUUAUACGGUUUUCUCAGCAGGGAAACGUAAAUUUGGAAUUGGCAGCAGUCCUUCAUUUGGCUCACUUUUCUUUACAAUUUAACUAAUAUUAACAAAAUUUCUAAAGCUAAAUGUAAACAUGAAGUGUGAAUUGUGCGAUUCGGAACGUUGCAAUACCAUUGAGUACGGAGAAUUUCUUACAAAAAAUGGAAAAGGUGUGCAUACGAACUGUCUGUAUUUGUCUUCGGGCUUAAGGCAAGCUGGUCGCGAAAGUGAGGGCUUUCUUGGAUUCCUACUCAAGGAUAUUGCAGCAGAGCGAGCUCGCGUCUCUAAAAUUCAAUGUUACUAUUGCGGAAAAAUGAGAGCCAAUAUCGGUUGUUGCGAAAGUCGUUGUCACCGUAGCUUCCAUAUGAUUUGUGGCAUCGAAUGUGGCGCUAUGAACCAAUUUCUACACACCUUCCGCUCCUUUUGUAACCGUCAUGUACGGAAAGUGCAAGCUCGCCCAAAACCAGAUGAUAAAUGCUGUAUUUGCUAUGAAAACAUCUUCAAUGAAAACGAACGCUUUAGGGCUGUUAAAAUGAUUCGUGCACCAUGCUGUCGGAAUGGUUGGUUUCAUAAAAUUUGUUUGCAAAAAUUUGCUAAAAGUGCUGGGUAUUUCUUCAAAUGCCCCCUCUGCAAUGACUUGCAGAAGUUUAGAGAGAGGAUGUCUAGUUGGGGUAUUUUCGUUCAAGACAAAGAUGCCGAAUGGGAGAUGGUGCCCAAUGCGUAUGCCGAACUGCUUGAGAGGCCAGGUGUAUGCGGCGCGAAGAUUUGUAAUAAUGCGGACGGCCGCAGUCAAUGCAAUGACUUAAACCCAUUCCUUUACUGUUCAACAUGUGGGUCUGUUGCGCUACACCGGCGUUGUGUACCACAAGGUAGAAGCAAAUUUGAAUGUGACAACUGCAAGCAAGUCUUGAAGACUGAUAGUGGGAGUGAAAGUAUACGUUCAAAACAACAGCAUUCAGGUGAAGUUAAUGGGCAUACAAAAGAUGGGACCGAAGAUGAAAACUCCGAUGUGGAUGUUUGCGACGAUACUGAUAAAGAAAUAAGCUGCAAUAACCAAGAAGAAUCUGAUGAUGAGGACAUCGGACGACCCAAUAUUAAACAGAGAACCGCAUUACAAAUAACGAGUGCAGCCGAAGAAUCAACUGUAGAUGAUGUUGAAGACCUGGUAAUACUGGGAAGCAGUCGCAGAAUGCCAGCAAAUAAACGAGAUAUAAUCGAUCAAGACAGUGAAAGUGAUAGCGAUUUUUCGAGCUGCAAAGAUAAGCAACUGAGCUAUAGUGGUGAUGAGGCUGACUGCAGUGAGAACGAAGGGCUGGUAGACAGUUUUGUGCAGCAACAAAAAACGCCAAACUCGCGUUAUCAUAAAACGGAUAUAGGGGAUACAAAUAUUAUAUCGAGUAGAAGAACCACACGACGCAUCCAGAUGAGGUCCAAUAAAACAACGCAAAGUGGAGAAGGAGUUAGCGCUCUAAAUGUAUCUUGUAUUGGACAACGAACUCGUCGUAGGUCCACUGCAAUGCGCUUAACUCCACUGAACGAGGAAUUUACUACUGAUGAUGUCAGCUCCACAAAUUCAUAUCAAUCUCUUAAAUCCACUCAGGUAUUACAAUACGACGAUGAGCAUAACUCUAAUGACGAGACGGCGAGUAUAAAUGAGGAAAGAAUACCCAGUAUAGAAUCUACAAUAUUAAGUACCACGAAUUGUACGCAAAGUGACGGUGACGAAAAAAAUCAUAAUGACACAAAUGUAGACCGUGGCGUGCUGGAUUACUUCUAUACACUUUUGCGCGAAGUAAAACAAAGCAAAAGUAUGGAUCAUCUGAAUACUGCGAGUGCGUACGAUGAAGAAGCUGAUAUUGAAGUUAAGGGAAUAGUUGAUAUGAAUGUUAAAGAAAGACAAGGGAAUAACAGAAGUGUUCGACACAAAUUGGAUAAAAAAGACACUCACAAACAUUUCGAAAGUAACGAAGCCAAUUCCUUACACAUAAAUUGCAUAGCUAACCGCACGCGCCGCCGCUCUUGGCCCAAUAUGGAAAGCACACAAAAUCAGCCACUAUUUGUUAAUCAUGCAGAAGUCGCACCCGAUAAUACAUGUACUAUUAAUUCUGGUAGUUCAAGCCAAUCAUCUCAAAGCCAAGAGGUAUACGUUAGUGAAAAAAGCAAAGUGCGCGAUGGGUUAAAAAGUAAUUGCAAAGCAGAUCGUACAGGUCGCUUUUGCAGUGAAGUUAAUGCCAUGGAAACCAUUAACGAAUUGGAUGUUGAUGCGGAGGAGCAAAACACAAUAACGGAUGUGUCUUGCAUAGCGAAGCGCACUCGCAAAUCUUUUUCGCUCAAACGCGCAUCUCAUAAUGGCAUAGUCAGCGAUAGCAGUGCAACGGAUCACACAAAUUAUAUAGCCAAAACCAGCAACUCAACUACUAGUUCGACUGAAUCGUUUAAAUAUUCUACAUUUUUUGGUCGUAGUUUUGAAUACCUCAAUGGGAGCGAGGCAAGCUGUAAAGAAACCGCAAAACGGCGGAAACGUUUAAAUACAAUUACUGAUGAAGUAGCAGCAAAGCAAAGUGCACAACUGGCACAGAAGCGGAGAAGCACUUUUGAUACACCCAAGUCAUCAAAAAUUCCUGCACUAAGUGAUGCUGAAAGUGAGUCUGAAAAUAAGAAUAUAUUCGAACUGAGUUGUAUAGCAAAUAGAACGCGCCGAAUGUCAGCCGACAGGAAAAAUGGCAAACAAAUUACUGCUGGAAGUAAAAAUAAAGAAGCUGAUAACGCACAAGCUGCUCACAUAACCUCAAAGCUAUUCAAUGACUCGCCUCAUCAUCAUAAAUCGAAUGAUAUUAUGACCAUUACAUCACCAUCGGCUAACUCAUCAGCAUCUAUCGUUUUAUCAUCGGGCUCCAAGCGUGGUCAACGCAUACGCAUGCGUCCACGUCGUUUUCUUUAUAGUGACGACGAUUGGGACAGUGUUAAAUCAAAUGUUCUAGACUCGCCAAUACCUAAAAUGCUAAGCUAUUCAAAUAUAAUGGAAAUGAAUGAUGCUUACAUAAUGCCAAAAUAUGUGCGUGUCAAUGGAAAACUGAAAAGGGUUCCAACAGAAACUCUUCCGCAGCAGCAAACACUUGACGCUAAAACGCAUUUCGCCCGAAGCUAUAAUCUACUUUUACAUACCACAAAUGAUAAUCACCACACCAGCACCAGCAGCACUUAGUCGCACAGACAACUGUUGUAGUCAACAUGCAUUUCUCAACAAUUUCAGCUUAAACUCCCUUGCGCUCACGUAGACCCAUUGCUUGCAAUAUUGUGAAUCCAUCCCAUAUAAUCAUCGUUUACUUGGUAGUAGAUUAUUAUUAUGUUUUAUUAUUAUUAUUAUUUAGUGACUGGUAUGAAUACCAGUACUAAAAUUAUGUUUGAGCAUUGGCUGCAGAGGCCAUCAGCUCUGUGUCGUCUGUGGGUGUCUGGAUUAUUUGUUAUAUUGUCAUUUCGAUAGUUUUAAUGAAUUUUGCUUAAUUUAAUUUAAGUUGGCUUAUAAGCCAUCUAUCAUGAAGGUUAGAGGUCUGUCCGUUUGUUGUUUAUGAUUGAAAUUUUGAAGCUGUGGAUGAGCGCAAAUGACAAUUUUUUGUUUAACAAAAUGGUGCGUUGCUAGUCAACCUACGAACCAAGGCGCAUUCAUUAAAGGUGAACAAACAACAACAAUGCUUUGUACGUUUGCUUGUCAGCGCAAAGUAUUGGCAAAGUGGAAAACAAAGAAUGCAUUCGCCUAGUUUCAUUCUGUGCUGACAGUCACAUGGACACAGUGAAAAAAAAAAAAACAAAUCAGCUGAUUUACCGAUACCACCCAAGAGGGAUAGAAUAUACGAUUGCGUCUUCCGCAUGCGCCGUGUCGUAAGAGUCCACCAUAUAUGUAUGGGGAAUGUUUAUGCUGCUACAACAACAACAACAACCAAACACAAGAAAUUAUACGCAGCGUCUUCUGCAUAAAAACGCAGAAAACUACAUUUGGAGGCUUUAUAUUCAUUUGUUUGUUUUGUAUUGCGAAGGGAGCUGCCGUCUGAGUAAGGUAACUGUUUUUAAUGGCGCCACCUUCAGUACUCAAUUCGCCUUGGAUACCACCUUUAAUAGAUUCGCCUUGUUACGAACAUAUUUUUGUGAAUGUUGUGUGCGCCAGGAAGCGGAAGGAAGAGAGCGAAUUAUUUUUUUUAAAUGUUUAAUGUUUUGGUUUUUUAACCUGGAAAUCAGCAAACAUACAGAUUUUACGUUUAAGUUUGGAUUUAAGAUUCAUAUAUUUACUUUCUAAUUGCAUUUCAAAAUCUUGGAAUGAAAACUUACUCGAUUUCGUUUAUGAAAAUCUUCAGAGCAAAGAAGUUGCGAGGUUUUACAAUCUUUUCAUGAAUGAUUGUGCCAAAAUGCACUAUUGUAAGCAAAUCAUUACUCAAAUGUAGAAAUUGAUUGUUGAAUUAUAAAAUAGUUAUAAAUUAUAAUUUUCUGUAAAAUACAGGGUGGCUGAUGAAUUUUGCUACAUUAAGAAACUCAAAUAACUUUUUUUUUAGUGUAUGGAAUUCAUUUAUUUAUUUUUUCAAGUUGAAGGUCAUUAAAUUUUAUUAAAUGUAGCUUAACUAGUUUUAAAAAUAAUUGAAUUUAAAUACCCCCCAUGCUCGUUGACACAAGUGCGGCAUCUUAGUAAAAAGUUGUUCAUUGCUGCUUUGAGAGUUGCGACAGGAAUAGCCGCAAUUGUUGCCCGAAUGGAUUGUUUUAGUUCAUCCAAAUUUGUUGGUUUUGUUUUAUAAACUUCUUGUAUACAUAAACCCCACAAGAAAAAGUAAGGUGCAGUAAGGUCAGGCGACCUGGGGGGCCAACGAAAUUCGGAGUUUCUUGAAAUCAGUUUAUUGGGAAAUUUUCGUCGCAACUCUGUCAUAACAGUCUGGGCUAUGUGAGACGAUGCCCCAUCUUGUUGAAACCACACAGAGUUGAAAGGAAUUCUCUUUCGGCGUAGUUCUGGAUAGAGAAAUUCUUUCAGCAUUUUCAAAUAACGGUCUCCAGUAACCGUAACGGUGUGACCAUUUUCUUCAAAAAAAUAAGGCCCGACAAUACAGCGUGAAGAAACCGCACACCACACUGUCACGCGAAGAGGAUGCAAUUCCGUCUCGUGGAGUAUCUGUGGGUUAGAAGUACUCCAUAUUCGAUAAUUU